ACAUUUGCUGAUUUCCUAUAUAUCUCUCCACAGCCUCAAAAAUCAAGGCUGCGGCUAGGGUUUCUCACAUCUCUGGUAAAUAUUAUAGUUUUAUUCGUGGAAAUAACAGAGAUUCAGGGAUGAGUAAGCUUCAGAGUGAUGCCCUUAGAGAAGCUAUUUCCACCAUUGUGGCUCAGUCCAAGGAAAAAAACCGUAAGUUCACUGAGACCAUUGAACUCCAGAUUGGGCUGAAAAACUAUGAUCCCCAAAAGGACAAGCGUUUCAGUGGAUCUGUGAAGCUGCCACACAUUCCUCGCCCUAAGAUGAAGAUCUGCAUGCUUGGAGAUGCUCAACAUGUUGAAGAGGCAGAGAAGAUAGGCUUGGAUUAUAUGGAUGUUGAAGCACUGAAGAAGCUUAACAAGAACAAGAAGUUGGUCAAGAAGCUUGCCAAGAAGUAUCAGGCCUUUUUGGCAUCUGAAGCUAUCAUCAAGCAGAUCCCUCGUCUCUUGGGUCCUGGUCUCAACAAAGCAGGGAAAUUCCCAACCCUUGUUACUCACCAGGAAUCCCUAGAGUCCAAGGUGAAUGAGACCAAGGCAAUGGUGAAGUUCCAACUGAAGAAGGUUCUUUGCAUGGGAGUUGCUGUUGGGAAUGUAGCUAUGGAGGAGAAGCAGAUCUUCCAAAAUGUGCAAAUGAGUGUCAAUUUCCUUGUUUCAUUGUUGAAGAAAAACUGGCAAAAUGUGAGGUGCCUCUACCUGAAGAGUACCAUGGGCCCUUCAAACAGGAUCUUUUGAGAUGAUAUUUACUUUCUAUUAGUGUUAUGUACGGAGUGAAAGUAGUUGUUGGGAUUAAUAGUAAAUCAGUUUUUUACUCAGAAUGUUCAAAUUUUGUGUUAUGUUUUGUUGCUGGAAUCCGUAGAAAUAUUAUGAAUUUGAGACCUUGGAAGUUUUGUUUUGCAUAUCAACUGAGUUUUUCCAUUAA